GUCUCAAACGAGGGGAUAUGGAUUAAUCUCGUCAGCAUUUAAUUAUUCCAUCAGCUGUAAUUUUGAAAAUCAUAAAUGCUCAUUUACAACAGUGAAAAUAUCUAUAGGCUUUUAUUUAUUCCGGCGGAGGAUUGCACAGUGAUUUUCUCUCGGUGAACUAAUUCUUUAACCCUCAUUGAACCGCACUGGUAAUAAGUGACUGUAACACACCUUCACCAUGCUGACGAGACUUUUCCGAAUCCACGGCCUCUUCGUGGCCUCCCACCCUUGGGAAGUCAUUGUGGCUACCGUAACCCUUACCAUCUGCAUGAUGUCCAUGAAUAUGUUCACUGGAAAUAACCAGAUUUGUGGCUGGAAUUUUGAUUGCCCCAAACUAGAUGAGCAAAUCCUAAGCAGUGAUAUCAUCAUCCUGACAAUCACAAGAUGCAUAGCAAUCGUUUACAUUUACUUCCAGUUCCAAAAUCUUCGACAAUUAGGAUCCAAAUACAUAUUGGGCAUUGCAGGUCUUUUCACAAUAUUCUCCAGUUUUGUGUUCAGCACUGUAGUGAUUCACUUCCUUGACAAAGAGCUGACAGGCCUCAAUGAGGCCUUGCCAUUCUUUCUGCUGUUGAUUGACCUCUCUAAAGCCUGUGCUUUGGCCAAGUUUGCUCUGAGUUCAAACUCACAGGAUGAGGUUAGAGAAAAUAUUGCCAAAGGAAUGGCUGUUUUGGGACCCACUUUCACUCUUGAUGCCCUCGUGGAGUGCCUGGUGAUUGGUGUGGGGACAAUGUCAGGUGUGCGACAGCUCGAGAUCAUGUGCUGCUUUGGUUGCAUGUCUGUCUUGGCCAACUACUUUGUAUUUAUGACCUUCUUCCCGGCCUGUGUUUCUCUUGUAUUGGAGUUGUCUAGAGAGAGCAGAGAAGGCAGACCCAUUUGGCAGCUAAGUCACUUUGCUAGAGUAUUAGAGGAAGAAGAGGACAACAAGCCUAACCCUGUCACACAGAGAGUCAAAAUGAUCAUGUCUCUGGGCUUGGUGAUGGUUCAUGCUCAUAGUCGGUGGAUUGCAGAUCCUGCAUCAAGUGAUGGAACUCUUGAUCUUCCUGAAGUUGGAAUGAGCCUGAAUGAAAAUCUGCCCAAGAGGAUUGAGCCUGACAUGCCCCUGUGGCACUUUUACCUGUCCAGGAUGAUCAGCAUGGACAUUGAGCAGGUCAUCACUCUGGGUCUCGCCCUCUUCCUGGCUGUGAAGUACAUUUUCUUUGAGCAGGUGGAGAUGGAGUCCACUCUGUCCCUUAAAGUGCCCACUCCAAGCUCCAUGCUCACUCAGAAAUGGUCUCCGGAUCAAUGCUGCAGGAAAGAAAUCCCCUAUUCCACCAAGCUUGACAAACCCCCAACUCCCCCUCCAAUUGUUACCAAAGAAGAAAGAGAUUUAGUGAUUCGACCCCUGCCUGCACCGAAAGAACCUGAGCAAAAAAGCACUUUUGUUCUGGGAGAGGAUGAAACUCAGGAAAACACUCAUGUGUCGGAGCCUGUGAUGAGUUUACCUGCUGAACCGAGACCUGUGGAAGACUGUCUGUCCAUUCUGAAAAACCCAGAUAUGGGCGCUCGGUACCUCAGCGAUGAAGAGGUCAUUGUGUUGGUGAACUCCAAGCACAUCCCAGCUUACAAACUGGAGGCCAUGAUGGAGACCCCUGAGAGAGGAGUGAUGAUUCGGAGAAAAAUGCUCAGUCCCAAAUUCCCCGAGCCUUCGACUCUCUCCUGCCUGCCUUAUAAAGACUACGAUUACUCUAAGGUGAUGGGCACAUGCUGUGAAAACGUCAUCGGUUACAUGCCAGUUCCUGUGGGCGUUGCUGGUCCUCUUUUAUUGGAUGGAAAGCAGUUCCAGGUCCCGAUGGCGACAACUGAAGGCUGCCUAGUCGCCAGCACAAACAGAGGCUGCAGAGCGAUAGCUUUGGCAGGUGGUGCUAGCAGUCGUGUUCUUGCAGAUGGGAUGACUAGAGGGCCAGUGGUGCGUUUUCCAUCUGCCUGUCAAGCGGCUGAAGUCAAGGCCUGGCUGGAGAGUCCCGAGGGCUUCAAGACCAUCAAGGAGGCCUUUGACCAGACCAGCAGGUUUGCACGAUUAGAGAAGCUUCUGAUUGGCCUGGCAAGUCGCAACUUGUAUAUUCGCUUUCAGUCCAGAACAGGAGACGCAAUGGGAAUGAACAUGAUCUCAAAGGGCACAGAACAAGCUCUCGCCAGACUGAAGGAGGAAUUUCCAGAGCUCCAGGUUUUGGCUGUUAGUGGAAAUUACUGUACUGACAAAAAACCUGCCGCCAUCAACUGGAUUGAGGGAAGGGGCAAGUCAGUGGUGUGUGAGACCACCAUUCCAGCCAAAGUGGUUAAAGAGAUUUUAAAGACGUCGACUGAGGCUCUGGUGGACGUGAACAUCAGCAAGAAUUUGGUUGGAUCUGCGAUGGCUGGAAGCAUUGGUGGUUAUAACGCUCACGCCGCCAACAUCGUAGCUGCUAUCUAUAUUGCUUGUGGACAGGACCCGGCGCAGACAGUGGGCAGCUCUAACUGUAUCACUUUAAUGGAGGCUUCAGGAGCUACAGGGGAGGAUCUGUAUAUCAGCUGCACUAUGCCCUCCAUUGAGCUGGGCACUGUGGGUGGAGGCACUAACCUUCCUCCUCAACAGGCCUGUUUAAAGAUGUUAGGUGUUCUGGGUGCCAGUCAGGAGUGUCCAGGUGAAAACGCCCGUCAGCUCGCCAAGGUGGUGUGUGCCACUGUGCUCGCGGGAGAGCUGUCACUCAUGUCUGCCCUCGCUGCUGGACACUUGGUCAAAAGUCACAUGACUCACAACAGAUCAAAAGUAAACUUGCAAGAAGCUCCAGGAACAUGCACUAAGCAGGCAUCUUGAGAUGUCGCCUGCUGAAGAUACAGUACAAAGGGACAUUAAGAGAGGGUCUCGUCUACAAGUCGCAAAUAAUAAACAAUACACAUUAUUUUCAGACCGCAACCAAUCCCUUCUUCUCUUAAAAAAAAGAAGUCUGUACAUUCACAUCAGAUGUUAACUGUGGACAUUCAAGGUGAAACUGAGACUGGGAUCAAGUCUACAGCCAGUAUUUCCCAAUCACAUUUGCACAGGAUCACUUGUUUCCAGACCUGUUCUGUUAAGCUUGACUUGCUAUGAAGAGCAAAUCUGAUUUUUAGAUCCACAGGAGACAGUACACACACAUACAGGACACGCAACUUAAUUUAUAUACAAAUAUUUUACAUACAAAUUAUUUUUUUACUGUAUUUUUUUGAUGGUGAUGGCAGCAGGAUGCCAAUUUAAUUUAAUUCUUUUUUGUUUUUGCCAAACUGGAAAGCAACAUAAUACAGAAAGAGAAAUGUGCUCUUUAUUGCACUUGCUAAAGGAAAGGCACUGGAUAGUGUUUACUGUACUACAAUUCGAUAGUUGGUACACAUGUAGAAUACUUCAGAUCGAUUGUGAAAUUGCCAAACGCAGCCGUCAGCAAAGUGCUUCUCAUGUCAGAAUGUACAGCAGUUUUUUUUUUUUUUUUUUUUUUUUUUUACUGUGACAGGAAUGAUCUGAAUGACUUAUGUAACUGGAAUAUUUAAUGUGACGGCACGACAGGACAUGUAUUUUAAAAGGUGCUAUGAUCCUCGUGAUGUUUCAGUUCUUUGUUCAUUUAGUAAAUUCUUUUUGAACAUUCAUAACAAAACACAACUGAACACAUUGUAUUUUUCUAACUGCUUGGAAUGGCUUUUUUCGGUUGUUUUCUACAACACUGAAAGGAAUAAAUGUUUGAACAUUUAUGUUUCAUUCUGAAUACACUGAAGAGAAGCUUUUUAUUGAGUUUUCCCCCAAAGGAACAAUUCAAAAUAUGAAAUAAAUAAUAAACUGCAAAGUUUUGUAUAUUUUUUUAUAAUAAAACAUAUCUAGUG